AUGUCAGGCCCCAAGAUUGCCUGCAUUGGUGUGAUUGGAAAGGCAGAUAAUCCUCUUCACAUUUCCUUGUUUCCUCCCUAUUCUGAUUCCACCAUCGAGUUCUCUUUCUUACUGAACUCGUGCCUUGACGUCUUUGACAUCCGGUGCAAGCAAACAUCCAUUGAUCAGGAUCUUGGGCUGUUGCAUGCGAUUGAUGAACGACUUGCGGCAUAUGGUUGGUUGACAACCACCGGAGUCAAGCUUUUGAUCAUUGUGGAUGUAUUCGGCCAGGAAGAGGCUGCUAGUGCUGGGAAAACGGCUGGCCCUGCUAUAAGUGGCUUGAGAGAUUCUGAUAUGAAACCGGCGUUCCGAGCAUUGCAAAGUGCGUAUAUUCAGCUCUUGCAAAAUCCAUUCUACUCCCCCGACGAUCACGUACCGAUUCCUGGCAAUAAAGCUGCUUCUCUCUCGGCUUGCCAGCAAAUCUCUAAUCGAAGGUUCAUUGCGGAUGUGAAGCGUAUUGGUGAUUCAUGGGCACCAGGAAACGCCGUAUAA